AUGGCCCAAGCCUCUUCAGACCAGGCAGGCACGGGAGGGGUGGAGAAUUGUCUAUUGUGCAACCAACCGGGUCGUAGUCGAUUCUUGGUGAUCAAUGUGACCAGCGAGUCCAAUUUCCUGCACCUCGUACGAGAUCACCGCCUGGACAACAGAAAGCUAACACCGACGACACUCGAAGUACUAUGUCACAACGCACUUUUCUACGGUCAUUUAUUUAAGAAUGAACUCUACAACUUUCUGUUGACAGCUCCGCCGGUCGAUAACCCAAAAUGGCCUUGGAAAUCGUGGAGAAAUGCCUAUGUCGACCUGACUCUCCCAGUUGACCACUACAGAAGUCUAGCCACAGGGUGUGACACGUACUGCAUCCAUGGCAACCGCGACAUCAUGCUGCUCCAGGGGUUCCUGACCAACCCGAGGGAGGAUAAAUGCCGCAGGUUCAGCAAGAGCGCAGCCUCGACGGGACCGUAUGACAUCUGUUGGACUCCAUACAUGAACAUGAAAAGGGUUAUGGUACCUCUGAUAGACCUCACCGAGGCCUUCGAGGCCAUGCCGUCACUGGUGGAAGAAGGCAGGUCGACGGUCGACCACAAAGACGCACUCUUGCUAAUGGGGAACCUGAUGUCGCCGCACAGCCGUGUUGAAGAGUGCCUCAUCCUAGUCGGUGUCGAACCUUGGGGUGCCGCGUGGCACAGAUCCGGCUACUUUGUCCGGGACGGCGAGCCAGAUGACUUGGAUUACAUGGAGCCCUCACCGAAACUCAAGUACAACCCAAAAUGCGCGGGGGUCACCUGGCAUCUGCUCACCUCUGUCAUCCAUCCGACUGCCUUCAACGAGUUCUCGGACUGGUGCAGUGCCGUAAAUCAGGCUGCAAGGUUCGCCGAGAGAUGGAACGACACCGGCUUGCUGCCAAAGCUUCGCCUGGUGCAAUGGAAACACGAUAUCCACAACAUCAAACGCCCGAUGUGGAUUGAAGCGCCACUGCAUUUCAAAUAA